CCGGGAAACAGAAGCCCGCGGGACCGGAAGUGCUCUCGCCGCCGGAGCUCCCGCUCGCAGCUCGCGUUCGGACCUUUCGUGUCCUCUCGCAGCGUCCCUUCCCGGCUUGCCCAGCUUCCGCCUCGAGGUUAAAUUCGUCCCUGGCACUGAGAUAAGAAACGUGGUGCAAAUAUGUCCCGGAUCGAAAAGAUGAGCAUUCUGGGCGUGCGAAGUUUUGGGAUAGAGGAUAAAGAUAAGCAGAUUAUCUCUUUCUUCAGCCCCCUCACAAUUUUGGUUGGACCCAAUGGGGCGGGGAAGACGACCAUCAUUGAAUGCCUAAAGUAUAUUUGUACUGGAGAUUUCCCUCCUGGAACCAAAGGAAAUACAUUUGUUCAUGAUCCCAAGGUUGCUCAAGAAACAGAUGUGCGAGCCCAGAUCCGCCUGCAGUUCCGAGACGUGAAUGGAGAGGUGGUGGCAGUGCAGAGGUCUAUGCUUUGCAGUCAGAAAAGUAAAAAAACCGAGUUCAAAACCCUAGAAGGAGUCAUCACUAGAACAAGGCAUGGUGAAAAAGUCAGUCUCAGCUCCAAAUGUGCAGAAAUCGACCGAGAAAUGAUAAGUUGUCUUGGGGUUUCCAAGUCUGUGCUAAACAAUGUUAUUUUCUGUCACCAAGAAGACUCCAACUGGCCUUUAAGUGAAGGGAAGGCUCUGAAGCAAAAGUUCGAUGAGAUUUUUUCAGCAACAAGGUACAUUAAAGCUCUAGAUACCCUUCGACAGGUACGUCAGACACAAGGUCAGAAAGUAAAAGAGUGUCAAACAGAAUUGAAAUAUCUGAAGCAAAAUAAGGAGAAAGCUUGUGAGAUUCGAGAUCAGAUUACUAGUAAGGAAGCCCAAUUAGCAUCUUCACAGGAAAUUGUCAAGUCCUAUGAGAAGGAACUUGAGCCAUUGAAGAAUCGCCUGAAAGAAAUUGAACACAACCUCUCUAAAAUAAUGAGACUUGAUAAUGAAAUUAAAGCCUUGGAUAGCCGAAAGAAACAAAUGGAGAAAGAUAACAGUGAAUUAGAACAGAAAAUGGAAAAGGUUUUUCAAGGGACUGAUGAGCAACUAAAUGACUUGUAUCACAAUCACCAGAGAACAGUCAGGGAAAAAGAAAGGCGCUUGGUAGACUGUCAGCGUGAACUGGAGAAGCUGAAUAAAGAGGCGCGCCUCCUCAACCAGGAAAGGGCAGAGCUGCUUGUGGAGCAGGGUCGUCUACAACUACAGGCAGAUCGUCAUCAAGAACAUAUCCGAGCUAGAGAUUCAUUAAUUCAGUCUUUAGCAACACAUCUUGAAUUGGAUGGUUUUGAGCGUGGACCAUUCAGUGAAAGACAGAUUAAAAAUUUUCAUGAACUUGUGAAAGAAAGACAGGAAAGAGAAGCUAAAACCGCCAGCCAGCUCUUGAGCGACCUUACAGACAAAGAAGCUCUGAAGCAGAGGCAGAUUGAUGAGCUGAGGGACAAGAAGAGCGGGCUGGGGAGGAUGGUCGAGCUGAAGACAGAGAUCCUCACCAAGAAGCAGAGCGAGCUGAGGCACGUGAGGAACGAGCUGCAGCAGCUGGAGGGCUCGUCGGACAGGAUUCUGGAGCUGGACCAGGAGCUCACGAAAGCUGAACGUGAACUAAGCAAGGCUGAGAAAAAUAGCAGCAUAGAAACCCUAAAAGCAGAGGUAAUAAGCCUCCAGAAUGAGAAAGCCGACCUGGACAGGAGCUUGCGGAAGCUGGACCAGGAGAUGGAGCAGUUAAACCAUCAUACAACAACCCGCACGCAGAUGGAGAUGCUCACCAAAGACAAAACUGACAAAGAUGAACAGAUCAGAAAAAUAAAGUCUAGGCACAGUGAUGAACUAACUUCACUGUUGGGAUAUUUUCCUAACAAAAAGCAGCUUGAAGACUGGCUUCAUUCUAAAUCCAAAGAAAUUAAUCAGACCAGGGACAGACUUGCCAAACUGAACAAAGAACUAGCUUCAGCCGAACAAAAUAAAAAUCAUAUAAACAAUGAGCUAAAGAAAAAGGAAGAACAGUUGUCCAGUUAUGAAGAUAAGCUAUUUGAUAUUUGUGGUAGCCAAGAUUUUGAAAGUGAUUUAGACAGACUUAAAGAAGAAAUUGAAAAAUCCUCAAAGCAGCGAGCCAUGCUGGCUGGAGCCACAGCAGUUUACUCCCAGUUCAUUACGCAGCUGACAGAUGAAAACCAGUCCUGUUGCCCAGUCUGUCAGAGAGUAUUUCAGACAGAGGCUGAGUUACAGGAAGUCAUCAGUGACUUGCAGUCCAAGCUGAGGCUUGCUCCAGAUAAACUCAAGUCAACAGAGUCAGAACUGAAGAAAAAAGAACGGCGCCGUGAUGAAAUGCUUGGGCUUGUGCCCAUGAGGCAAAGCAUAAUUGAUUUGAAGGAAAAGGAAAUACCAGAAUUAAGAAACAAACUACAGAGUGUCAAUAGAGACAUACAGCGCCUAAAGAAUGACAUAGAAGAGCAGGAAACACUCUUGGGCACAAUAAUGCCUGAAGAAGAAAGUGCUAAAGUAUGCCUGACAGAUGUUACAAUUAUGGAGAGGUUCCAGAUGGAGCUGAAAGAUGUUGAAAGGAAAAUUGCACAGCAGGCAGCUAAGCUGCAGGGAGUAGACUUGGAUCGGACUGUUCAGCAGGUUAACCAGGAAAAACAGGAAAAGCAACACAAGCUGGAUACAGUUUCCAGUAAGAUUGAGUUGAACCGUAAGCUAAUACAGGACCAGCAGGAACAAAUCCAACACCUGAAAAGUAAAACAAAUGAGCUGAAAUCAGAGAAACUGCAGAUAGCCACCAAUCUGCAGCGGCGUCAGCAAAUGGAGGAGCAGACUGUGGAAUUAUCCACUGAAGUUCAGUCUUUAAACAGAGAAAUAAAGGAUGCUAAAGAACAAAUAAGCCCUUUGGAGACAGCACUAGAAAAGUUGCAGCAGGAAAAAGAAGAAUUAAUCCACAGAAAAAAUACAAGUAACAAAAUGGCUCAGGAUAAAAUCAAUGAUAUCAAAGAGAAAGUUAAAAAUAUUCAUGGUUACAUGAAAGACAUAGAGAAUUAUAUUCAAGAUGGAAAAGAUGACUAUAAGAAGCAAAAAGAAACUGAACUUAAUGAAGUUGUUGUUCAACUAAAUGAAUGUGACAAACACAAAGAAAAGAUAAAUAAGGAAAUGGGAACCAUGAGGCAGGAUAUCGACACACAGAAGAUACAGGAAAGGUGGCUACAGGAUAACCUUACACUAAGAAAAAGAAGAGAGGAACUGAAAGAAGUGGAAGAAGAGCGAAAACAACAUUUGAAGGAGAUGGGACAAAUGCAGGUUUUACAAAUGAAAAGUGAGCAUCAGAAGUUGGAAGAGAACAUAGACACCAUAAAGAGAAAUCACAGUUUGGCAUUGGGACGACAGAAAGGCUAUGAAGAAGAAAUUCUUCACUUUAAGAAGGAGCUCCGAGAGCCUCAGUUUCGGGAUGCCGAGGAAAAGUAUAGAGAAAUGAUGAUUGUCAUGAGAACCACAGAGCUGGUGAAUAAGGACCUGGACAUCUACUACAAGACUCUUGACCAAGCAAUAAUGAAAUUUCACAGUAUGAAAAUGGAAGAAAUCAACAAAAUUAUUCGUGAUCUUUGGCGGAGUACCUAUCGUGGACAAGAUAUUGAAUACAUAGAAAUUCGAUCUGAUGCUGAUGAGAAUGUAUCGGCUUCUGAUAAAAGGCGGAAUUACAACUACCGAGUGGUGAUGCUGAAGGGGGACACAGCUUUGGACAUGCGCGGACGAUGCAGUGCUGGACAGAAGGUGCUAGCCUCUCUCAUCAUCCGCCUGGCACUGGCUGAAACCUUCUGUCUGAACUGUGGCAUCCUUGCCUUGGAUGAGCCUACAACAAAUCUUGACAGAGAAAACAUUGAAUCUCUUGCACAUGCUUUGGUUGAGAUCAUAAAAAGUCGCUCGCAGCAGCGCAACUUCCAGCUUCUGGUAAUCACUCAUGAUGAAGAUUUUGUGGAGCUCUUAGGGCGAUCUGAGUAUGUGGAGAAAUUCUACAGGGUGAAGAAGAACAUCGACCAGUGCUCAGAGAUUGUCAAGUGCAGCAUUAACUCCCUGGGCGCUUAUGUGCACUAACUUGUUUUGGGAGGGAUGUGGAUUGUGUGAAGGGAACCAUGUGGCAGGUUUGAGAGUUCCUAAGAUCGUGAGGCUGCCCUGAGAGAAGACUGAACACAGUUCCCACAGGCCUAGCGACCUCCCAGCUCUGCUCAGCCCUUCAUUUCCUGUCAACUGAAUGUCAUCCAGAUAAACAAUGCUCUUGGGAGCAGUGCUGACAGGAGGGGUGGGCAUUUAAAAAUGUUACUAUUUUCUCUGAA